AUGAGAAACCGCACAGAUAUGGCAGAGUUUAUUCUCCUGGGGUUGUCAGAUGACCCAAAGCUUCAGGUGGUGAUCUUCGUCUUCCUGCUCAUCACCUACUUACUCAGCAUCACUGGGAACCUGACCAUUAUCACUCUCACCCUGCUGGACCCCCACCUCCAGACUCCCAUGUAUUUCUUCCUCAGAAAUUUCUCCUUACUAGAAGUUUCAUUCACAACUGUCAGCAUACCCAAGUUUCUCGGUACCAUUAUUUCAGGAGAUAAAACCAUUUCCUUUAAUAACUGCAUGGUUCAGUUAUUUUUUUUCAUUCUCUUGGGUGUCACUGAAUUUUACCUUCUAGCUGCCAUGUCUUACGACCGCUAUAUUGCCAUCUGCAAGCCUCUGCAUUACACAAUCCUCAUGAAUCGGAGAGUCUGCACACUGCUCGUCUUUGCUUCUUGGCUGGUUUCAUUCUUAAUCAUAUUCCCAGCACUCAUGUUGCUCCUAAACCUUGAUUACUGUAAGUCUAAUGUUAUUGACCAUUUCACAUGUGAUUAUUUUCCUCUGCUGCAACUUUCUUGUUCAGACACAAAAUUCCUGGAGAUAUUGGGGUUUUCCUGCGCUGUGUUUACUCUAAUGUUCACCUUAGCAUUAAUAUUUCUGUCCUACCUGGGAAUCUUGAGAACAAUUUUGAGAAUCCCUUCUACUAAUCAGAGGACAAAGGCCUUUUCUACGUGUUCUUCCCACCUGAUUGUCAUCUCCAUCUCUUAUGGAAGCUGCAUUUUUAUGUAUAUUAAACCCUCAGCAAAGGAUAGGGUAUCUUUGAGCAAGGCAGUUGCUGUGCUAAACACCUCAGUAGCUCCCAUGCUGAAUCCUUUUAUUUACAGCCUCAGGAAUCAGCAAGUCAAACAAGCCAUUAUGAACAUGGCAGGGAAGACUGGGUUUUUUCACAAGCACAUGAAAUGGUGCACCAUGACGGAUUAG